GCAGAGUGUUGUGCGUUUCAGCAGUGGCAUUACUCGCGGCGCGUACGCUGGACGUGUUAAGUGUUAAUAUGAUAAACUUGAACACGCGAAAACAAAACAUUCUGUGAUUUGUGUUGUGUUUUUGUGGAUUGUUUUUGUGAAUUAAUAUGGGUUGUGCAAGGAUCCUAGCAGUUUUAAGACGUUGCAAGCGUCUGGAUGAUGAUGACAACUCUACACAACUAGCGCGAUGUCUCGGGCUACUGGACUUAACUGCGCUCGGUAUAGGCAGUACGUUAGGGUUGGGAGUGUACGUGCUUGCCGGAGCAGUAGCCAAGACAGUCGCUGGACCAGCAGUGACAAUUAGCUUUCUGGUUGCAGCAAUAGCGUCUGCUUUUGCUGGUCUCUGCUACGCGGAGUUCGCCGCUCGCGUGCCCAAAGCAGGCUCAGCGUACGUGUACAGCUACGUCAGCGUGGGUGAGUUCAUCGCCUUCACCAUAGGGUGGAACCUCAUCCUGGAGUAUGUUUUGGGAACGGCAAGCGUCGCGAAGGGCAUGGCGCUGUAUAUCGACAGCCUGUUCAACAACACCAUGGCUAAAGCCAUGACAGAAGCGGCACCAAUCAACGUGUCGUUCCUCGCUACGUAUCCAGAUUUCUUCGCGUUUGGUCUUGUGAUGAUUAUUACUGUGUUGCUGGGGAUUGGCGUGGCGGAGUCCACUAAACUGAACAACGUAUUCACUGGGCUUAAUUUGCUCACUAUCAUCACUGUGGUCGUCGCAGGAGCCACUACAAGUGAUCCAGCAAACUGGAACAUCAAAUUGUCAGAUAUACCCCCGGAGUACGUGAGCAAAGCCGGCGAAGGAGGUUUCAUGCCUUGGGGAGUGGCGGGGAUCAUGGCGGGGGCUGCGAAGUGCUUCUUCGGGUUUGUCGGAUUCGACUGCGUGGCCACCACCGGCGAGGAAGCUAAGAACCCGAAGAGAGACAUACCACUGUCCAUAGUAAUGUCUCUGGUGGUGAUCUUCUUGUCUUACUUCUCAAUUGCUACCGUGCUGACGAUGAUGCUGCCCUAUUAUUUGCAGGACGCAGACGCGCCAUUCCCCCACGUGUUCACAGAAGCAAACAUGCCAGUGAUCAAAUGGAUCGUGACCAUCGGAGCGAUCUUCGCGCUGUGCACCGCCCUGCUCGGCACCAUGUUCCCCCUGCCAAGAGUGUUGUACGCUAUGGGCAGUGACGGGGUGCUGUUCCGUCCCCUGGCGAAGAUCAACCCAAAAAGCCAAACGCCAAUACUUGCCACGUUUGUUAGUGGGCUGUUAUCCGCGACCAUGGCGGCCCUUUUCAAUUUGAAUCAGCUGAUCGACAUGAUGUCGAUCGGAACGCUUCUUGCCUACACCAUUGUCGCCACGAGCGUGCUGAUUCUAAGGUAUGAGGAGGAGUCCCCAAUCCCAGUGCAAGCCGCGCUGCCGAUCCCGGAGACGCCUUUGUCGGUGGUCAGACAGACCUUCAACCUUCUGGGAUUGAAGUACCCCUCGCAGCUCUCUGCCACCAUCGCCAAAUCCACCAUCAGCAUAUUGUUCGUGGUGGCGCUGGUGACGUGCGUGCUGCUGCGGUGGGAGGUGUCGGGCGCGGCGCUGGGCGUGCUGGGCGCGGCGCUUGUGCUGCUGCUGGUUGUGCUCUACCGACAGCCCAGGAACAACGUGCAAGACUUGUCCUUUGCUGUACCGUUGGUGCCGCUAGUACCGUACCUGAGCGUCUGCAUGAACGUGUACCUGAUGGUGCAGCUCGACUACCAGACCUGGGUGCGGUUCACCAUCUGGCUCAUUAUUGGCUACCUCAUCUAUUUCUUCUACGGUAUCCGAAACAGUUCUCUAAGAGACGUACCAGCCAAGUCACAAGUAGACGAAAAGAAACAGAAUCAUGUUGUCACCACAAAGUUCUGAUGCCAUCAUUUUAUGUGAUAUAUUUGAAGUAAAAAAAAAUAUAAAAGCAGCUGCAAUGUAUAAAUAUUGACAUAAUUAAAUGUGAAAGAACAUAUUUUUAUGUAGAAAAAACUUAUACAUGGUGUUGCAGAAUGGGGGUAUCAACAAUAACAAUAUUUUUCUUUUAUAACUUUACCAAUAAGGUACAAAUCAUCCUCGCUUUAUCCAGUUUUAUUUAUGUAGGUGAGUUGGUGUAAGACCAGAUCACGGAGUAUUCUUAUUGUAUCAAAAUUACUGCUAAACUGUAACUAAAACAAAUACAGGUGCAAACAUUUAUGGUUGAAUACAAAUUUCAGGCCGUUUUUCGUAUUGAGAAAUGUUGUUCGGUUGAGCAGUAAUCUUGAUGUGACGAGAAUACCCCGUGAUCCGGUGUUAACCCAACUCUCCCUGUUUGUGCAACUCCCUGUUUAUGCAACACCCUGUAUAAAAUAUUUUGACACAAACAAUGGUUUUCAAGAAUCUAAUGUAAUGACAUGAUAGACUUAGUGAAGCCUGCUUACGAAUUUG